GGCCGCUAAACGGCGGUCCCUCUCGGGCUCUCGGCCCAUAACUCCAUAUUCUAGAGAUCUCCAAAACAGGAUGCGAAGGCACACUUCCACAUAUUGCGCGCUUUACGAGAGCACAGACGAAGGGAGGGAGGGGAAUUCGUGUUUAGCUUUCUUGUAGCUUCCUUCGCUCGCUCCGGGUGCCUAUCAUGUCCGAUCCAGCCGAGGAGACCGUCGGCGCACCCCCACCGACUCCAGCAGCGGCCGCCGAGGGUGACUUGGCCCCUCCGCUGCCGGUGGAGCAGCCCGCCGACGCCUCGCCAGAGAAGGCGGUCCCGCCGGCGUCUUCUCCGGACACCACGGCAAGGUCCAGGGGGUUCAGGCUGCUCGGGGAGGACACCUCCGUGCAUAAAGCUCUUGGAGGCGGUAAAACUGCUGACGUACUGUUAUGGAAAGACAAGAAGACCUCUGCUGUAGUGAUUGGUGGUGCAACUGUCAUAUGGGUUCUAUUCGAAGUGCUUGAUUAUCACCUCUUAACACUUAUAUCCCAUGUGAUGAUCGGCAUCCUGGCCAUCUUGUUCAUGUGGUCCAAAGCUACAACCUUUAUCAAGAAGAGUCCACCAGUAUUUCCGGUGGUGCAGUUACCUGAAGAUGUUGCUGUGAAUGUGACACGGGCAUUACGCAAUGACAUCAAUAGAGCACUUCACCUGUUCCGGGAGAUCGCGAUGGGACAUGACCUAAAGAAGUUUCUGGGUGUGAUUGCUGCUCUCUGGGUUCUCUCUGAAGUUGGAAGCUGCUGUAACUUCCUCACGUUGACAUACGUUGUUGUCCUAAUGGUCCACAGCGUCCCGAUCUUGUACGACAAGUACCAGGACAAGGUGGAUCACUUUGCCGGGAAGGCCCAUACAGAGGCGUGCAGGCAUUACGAGGUGCUGGACACCAAGGUUCUGAGCAAGAUACCCAGGGGUCCGGCGAAAGCCAAGAAGCAGACCUAGAAUACUGGGCGUUCUCGGUUUCUGGUUCCAUCGUCCAUAUAUAUAUGGCUAGCGGGGGCUGUGCUGGCGCUGCUGCUGUUUCUGUGUUGCUGUAAAUCUCUUCAUUUCCCUCGAUGCUACAAGAUACCUUACCAUGGACUGUACCUAGUUAGCUGUAUAUUCGACUGGAGAACUUUGGAAUGCUACGUUUUACUACUGCUGUUUGUACAUACGGGUGACAUCCGGCGCACAUCCGCCACGUGUGUUUUGGUGGAGUAAUGUGGCAACCCAGACCGGUAAUGAUCCGGAAUCUUUGUGUAUUCCGUGGUAAUGAUCUGGAAUCUCUGUGUAUUUUGUACUAAUUUCUGGAUCAAUAUCUUGUACACACAGUCCGAGAUGAGAUAGAAAA